AUGGGAGGCUUCAACCAGUCUAUUGAUCUGGCCAAACAACUCGCCGGCAAGAAAACCCCCAGUCAAGACCAACAACGGCAACAGGACUCGCCCCAGACCGCAGAUAACAGCCAGCAAUGGGCGGAGGUUGGUAGGGAGACCCAAAAGGUCUUUGCCGACUACCAAGCCGACCAAGCCGCUGGCAAGGGCCCGAAUUAUACCAAGCUUGGUGACGUUGCCCAGAAGGCGUUCGCUAUCUACAACAGUGGUGGAGGGGAAGAGGGAAAUAUAGCUAAAAUUGGGAAGGGAAUUACUUCUGGUGGUGGCGGAGGGUUUGAGAAGGCCCAUAGCUGUGAUGAAGCUGGGGAUAUUGCGGCUAGAAGUGGUGAGGGCCAGAGUACGUUGGGGACGAAUGAGAGCGAUGAUGGUGGUGUGGGUAGGAAGAGGAGCCAGAAGCCUCUAGACGAUCCACUGGGCUAUACGGCGGUAGAGGUGAAGACAAGCCUAACGAGUGAAAGCCUCUCUGGGCAAGAAGCAUCUUAUGAGACGUCGGGGCUUGGCUCGCAGACUGAGCAAAACGUCAAAGAUGACGCUAUGUCAGAGAAGGCUGAUCUGGACGAGGAUAAAGUUCUCUUCACCGGCAGUAAGAGUAAGAAGCAGGAGGCUCCGAGUGGUAUAGAUGUUAACCAAGGUGGGGAAAAUCCCCGUGAUUUGACAAGUCUCCUCGAUUCCCAAAGACUAACACCGAGUUCAAUAAGACUCAGCGACACGGCCGGGAAGGCUGAAGGCAAACAUGACGAAGGGGGAUCUCCUGAAUAG